CAAUCCAACACCAAUCCAGAUCCAUUUAUGUUUCCCGCGCUCGGUGUUUUUUGCAAUGGGAUAUUUUCGCUUACAUUAGUGCGGAGUGUAGGGAUAAUUGCUUUCCAAGCAUGUCUUCACCGAUGCUAGUUAUAAAAGGGGUCACCAUCCAUUUCCCGCACGAGCCGUACGAUGUCCAGAAGAUAUACAUGGAGAAGAUGAUUGAAUGCCUCCAAAGCGGUGUGAACGGCAUCCUCGAAAGUCCGACGGGAACAGGAAAAACGCUUUCUCUGCUCUGCUCAUCGUUGGCUUGGCUCGAAGAUCGCAAAGCAUACCUUCAGCUGAAUGCUGGAAUGCACAAGAGCGCUGACACCAGUUCGUCGGGACUCCUAUCACACCUCGAGCAUCUGUUCGGACCAUGCGACGGUGUCGUGCCUAGCAGCUUAUCCCCGAAAAUAAUAUACAGCUCCCGCACACAUUCGCAGCUCUCUCAAGCCAUCAACGAACUCAAGAAAACGAGUUACAAGUACGUGAGGUCUGUAGUCUUGGGAUCGCGAGAUCAGCUAUGCAUCCAUCCGGAAGUGCAGAGGCUGCAGGACAACGCAUCGAAACUCAGGCUGUGUCGGCACAAGGUCACCACCAGGAGCUGCCAGUUUCACCUGAACUACGACACCAAGAUGACGCGAUCGGAGUUUCAGGAGCAAUCAGUAAUGGACAUCGAAGACCUGGGCAAACUUGGAAAGAAGUUCGCCUGCUGUCCCUACUACGCAGCCAGGACCCUCAAGGAGAAGGCGGACAUAAUCUUUUUGCCGUACAACUACUUAGUGGAUCCCAAGUCUCGAAAAGCGCACGGUGUGGACCUCGCAGGAAACGUCGUCAUAUUCGAUGAAGCGCAUAACAUUGAAAACAUGUGCGAGGAGAGCAUGUCGUUUCAAUUGCUCUCUUCUGAUGUGGCCUUGUGUAUCAAAGAGGUGAGUCACGUGGCCGAUCUGAAGCAGCAGAAAGAAACUGAAUCCGCAUUCGGAUCUGAGGGUGCAGAGCCCGACUUCACACUCCUGGAUAUUGCCAAGGUCAAGGCCAUAUUGUUUUCCAUAGAAGGCACCAUGGACACGGCGGUGGCACAGGCCUCGGGAGAGUCAGUCACGAAGCCAGGGAACUUUAUGUUUGAGGUUCUGAACAUGGCAGGUGUAGAUCGUGUCAACAAAGAUGAGCUCCUCGAUCUCUUGGAUAAGAUGGUGUCUUUUCUGGAAGUCAAUGCAGUAGGAGCCUUCAGCCCGAAGGGGACUGGGUUAAACCGGCUCUCAACGAUCCUGAACAGCCUUUACGCUGUUGAGGGUGAUGGAUCCUCCGUGGAGUCAAUUUUCAAGCAGAAGUACAAGGUGCACAUACAAAAAGAUAUAAAUAAGAAAAAAGGGUCCCAAGAUGUUUGGACGGUGUCUAGAGCAACAAACAAGAAGCCAGACUGGACACUGAACUGCUGGUGUUUCUCGCCGAGUGUCAGCAUGACUAACCUGCUAAAGCAAGGCAUCCGCAGCAUCAUCCUGACCAGUGGAACACUCUCGCCUCUCGGGUCAUUCGCAUCUGAACUGGGUAUUCCAUUCCCUGUACAGCUAGAGAAUCCGCACGUCAUCUCGGACAAGCAGAUUUAUGUCAGUGUGCUUAGCAAUGGCUGUGACGGACAGUUGUUAAACUGCACCUAUGAGAACCGAAGCAACACAAGCUAUUUGGCAUCUCUUGGUCGGAGCAUCAGUAACUUCUGCCGAGUCAUCCCUGGAGGAGUUCUUCUCUUUUUUCCGUCGUAUGCAGUGAUGAAAAGCUUUGUUGAGUUUUGGACCUCAAAUGGGAUUAUGGCUUCCCUUGCCCUAGUUAAGCCUGUCGUAAUGGAAAUGCAGAGAAGCGUCGACUUCUCUACACUCAUCCAGGAGUACUACGAGAAUGUGGAUUCGGCUGAGAAGAAAGGCUGCAUUCUCAUGGCUGUUUGUCGGGGCCGCAUGAGUGAAGGAAUGGACUUUGCUGAUCAGUAUGCACGGGCAGCUAUUAUUGUAGGCUUCCCACUUCCUCCGUGCUUUGAUCCACGAGUCCAGCUGAAGAAGCAGUAUCUCGACGAGUCCGCAUCAAAGAGUACCUUCUCGGGAAAUGACUGGUACCUUCUUCAAGCAACCCGAGCUGUUAAUCAGGCCAUUGGGCGUGUCAUUCGGCACCAAGAUGAUUUCGGAGCAGUCCUGUUUUGUGACAAGCGCUACAGCGAGAAACGCAAUCUGAGCCAAUUGUCCAAGUGGAUUAGGGAAAGGACCAGGGUCCAGUCAAAUUUUGGCACAGUUUUAAGGGAGCUUUCCAACUUUUUCAGGGGACCCGGCACGAGCAACAGGAGUCACACAGCAGCUCUUAGAAGCGGCAGUCUAUCCUCGACAAAAAACGAGGGACUGCCCAGUAACGCUUUUGGAAUCUCUUCGAGUAGCCACAGCAAACCUAGUGAAAGGUAUGACUCUUUUAAAUCUCCUGCAGUUGAUGAAGUGGCCAGUGAUGUUCUGCUGAGCUACAUGCCUCAAGUGGACAAUGAAACAAGAUCUAUAAGAAGUGUGGGGGAAACUCGACUCAGCAUCUUUGAUGCACUUAACACGACCCCAGUGUCCAAAGCAGUGGACUUCUCUAGCUACAGCAAAAUAAACUUUCGUAGUGACGCUGACACGGACAGUGAGUUUUCCCAGAAGACGAAAAGGCGAAAAUAUCUUGUGCCGUUGAAAGGCAUCGAGCCAACCACAGGUGCCUGCUCGUCACGGGAAAGUGCUGCCUCUUGUAGCAGUGCUGUUUCCAGUAAUGCUGCCUCCAACAGCACUGCUCCCACUUCCAAGGACAUUUGGAAAAACAUACUGGGCUCCAUGAAGAAAAGUCUUGGGGAUCACGACUACAACUCUGUGUGUAUGAGCAUGAAGACCUUUGUUCGGACACAGGACUCUGAUGCGCUUGCUCAAAGCCUGGCACACUCCCUUCUCAAUGCCCGGGAUCGGGAAUCCUUGCUUGCGCAGCUAGCAAGAGUGGUGUCCUCAUCAACAAGGAAAGACUUUGUGCUCAAGUGCCGUUCUCACUGGUGAAAGAGCUACCUAGUGGACAGAGCUAGCUUUUAUAUACCAAGUCUCUGACCAAAUGACUCUUCUAGAAGAAGACCAGUCACAUUUAUUAUUUUAUUUAACCUGCUUUGAUUUUGGAUGCAUGAAAAAUUUCCAAAAAUGUUUUUAUUUUCACCUUUGCUUGAAAAUGGCACGUUUGGCUAUUUUGUUAGCAAUGGAGAACUGUUCUUUUGUGAUUUCCUAACCUGACCAAAAGUGUAAACUUCGUUUCUUUUGUGUUCUUUACAACAGAAAUUAUAGCAAACAUGUCUAUAAAUGCACUUUUAAAAUAAAAUCUUGUUUUCCAUUAUA